AUGAAGAGGGUAUUUGUAACUGUAGGAACAACGAGCUUUGAUGACCUAAUUGAACGUGUUAUGUCCCCUGAAGCUGUCCAAGUGAGUAUGAUCUGUGAAAAUGGCUACAUAAGCUAGCCCAUUCAAAUAGAAGGUAAAUGUUAUUUAAGCAAUACGGCCCGAGGUGGUGUGGUAUAUGGCCAAUAUACUACAGCUAAGGGCUUCUCUUAUGCACAACGCAACCUGGAGUGCCAGGAUACAGCCCUUAACCAUGGUAUAUUGGCAAUAUACCACAAACAUAUAUAUUAUAUACUGUCUAUUUAGGAAGCUGCCUGAGGGGACUUUCACAGACACUGCCCUAAUCAGUGGUGGAAAAAGUACCCAAUUGUCAUACUUGAGUAAAAGUAAAGAUACUUUAAUAGAAAAUGGCGUAAGUAAAAGUGAAAGUCUAAAAGUAUUUGGUGUACAUAUACUUAAGUAUCAAAAGUAAAUGUAAUUGCAAAAAUAUACUUAAGUAUCAAAAUUAAAAGUAGAAAUAAUUUCAAAUUGCUUAUAUUUAGAAAACCAGACGGCACAAUUUGUAUUUAUUUUUAAGAAUAGCCAGGGGCACACUCCAACACUCAGACAUAAUUUACAAACGAAGCAUUUGUGUUUAAUGAGUCCGACCAGAUCAGAGGCCGUAGGGAUGACCAGGGAUGUUCUCUUGAUAAGUGCGUGAAUUUGACAAUUUUCCUGUCCUGCUAAGUAUUCCAAAUGUAACGAGUACUUUUGGGUGUCAGGGAAAAUGUAUGGAGUAAAAAGUACAUUAUUUUCUUAAGGAAUGUAGUGAAGUAAAUUUAGUUAAUCAUAUCAGUAAUGUUAGUUCAUUAUAUCAGAGCUGUAGCUCCGUCCACCGGUGAAGUGGAGCAGAGCAUGCUGGCCCGCCUGGCCGAUCUCCAGUUUAGAGAAGAUCAGCUCGAGAGAAGUCAAGUGAGAGAAAGUCCCAGCCAUCCUUGUGUUUUCCCAACAGUUAGCUUUCCAUUGUGUCAUAUCUUUCAGGUGUUUAUGUCUGAAGAUGCACUCUUACGAUCAUUUCAUAUUUAUGGUUAUGCUAAUUAGUAGUUUCUACUGCGAGCUAGCUAUUGUGAGCUGGCUAGCUCUGGUUUGGUUGUCAUAUCAUUUCAGACAUUUAACCCUGAAUUUGUAGAGGAUAAUGUCCCCCAGUGCGUUGUUUAUAUGCCCUGUAAUUGUAUAGGUGUAUGGUACAUCAUUAUAUGGGUAUUACAUUGUAGUUCACUGUUUAGAGGUAUUCAAGUUCAUUGUGCAGUUGUAGCCUUGUACUGAAGAUGAUGGCGCUAUGCCUUGUAGUACACGUGCGGCUGCACCCCUUUGAUCUCAAUUAGUGCAGUCACAGUCACGUUGAAUUGCGCUGUAUGGUCCUGUAUAGCAUUAAAGUUAUCAUAGUCAUGUUAUAGCCAUACAUAUUGUUUGUAAGAGAUGUGAAUUGGAGAUUGUAUUCUGUCAUUCACUUUUGUAUCUUUAUUUCUCUCUUUACUUGCAGACCACACACACACACUUUGGUUGAAGCAAGUUGCCAGACCACUAAGUGCCUUAGCCCAUCCAUACAACAUACACUGUGUUGUGCUGUUCCGUGCCUGUGCAUAUUCAGCGUUAUUAAACAACUGGAAUCUUACCUGUCUGUCAUCUGUGGCCUUACCAGCACACGGGAGCGAACACAUCAAGUAAAACCUAACCUAAAGAAUAUACAGUCCACCAAGUCCUCACUUACAGUAAAAGUAAAAGUUGUAAAAAAUAUAUAAAUAGUAAAGUAAAGGACAGAUACCCCAAAAAACGACUUAAGUAGUACUUUAAAGUAUUUUUACUGAAGUACUUUACACCACUGGCCCUAAUGCUCUGACUAAACACAAAUACGCUUCGCACGCGAUACAGUUUAGGAAACAAUUGGAAUUUAACUUUCAUAUAAGCGAGAAAUACUUGUUCAAAUGCAAAAUAUACUUACUGUAAGCAGUUUAAGAAAGUUGCACCCGGUUGUAUUUUGAGAAACACAGGAAAUGUGGGAUGGAAUGGUCCAGUGAAAAUGCGAGUGCAAAGUGAGAUGAUGCGUUUUAGCCGAGGCGGCGUGUGAAAACAGCCGGAUGCAAGUAAGUGUAUCUUUUGUAUUUGAAAAAUGAUUUAUUGCUUAUAUGAAAGUUAAGUUCCAAAGGUUUCCAAAACUGUAUCGCAAGUUAGGCGUAUUUGCGUUUAGACAGAGCGUUGGGAUUAAACAGAGCAUCGGGAUUGUAGUUCACUAGGGAGCCAGCUGUGAUCAGUACCAGCAGCUGAGAACCCAAGGGGGGGCCGGCUGUAAACUAGGUAAACCUAACUUGGGUUCAUGAGAGCUAGCUAGCUAGCUAGCUGGCCUCAAAAACUAGACAAGGAUAAGUUGUGUAGAUGUGCCAUACCCUCGUAUUGUUCUAUUUAUAGUAACGUUUCUUUAUCUUUCUUGAAGUUGUUGAAAGCCCGCGCCUAUCAACAUUUGUUCCUGCAGGUCGGACGAAGCUCCAUCCUCCCAGAUUCAGACAGCGGUCACAAGAUCACGUUAGAGGCCUUUAAAUUCAAGGAUUCCAUCGCUGAAGAUAUCAAAUGUGCCGACCUGGUUAUCAGCCAUGCUGGUGUGUACAAUGGCCGAAUAAAUAAAAAAACGAAACUACCAAACCGUUGUGCUGGUCUUUAAUGUUGAUAAUUGAUAAUAAUGAAAUGCCUUGUCUUGUAUUCUCAGGGGCAGUUAGUUGUCUGGAGACCCUUGGUGCAGGCAAACCACUGCUAGUGGUGGUCAAUGACAAAUGUAUGGACAAUCACCAGCUAGAGCUGGCCAAACAGCUACACCAAGACUCACACCUACUGUACUGUACAGUGUAA